CGUUCAGCACGGCCAGCAUUCUGGCUCUCCGGAUGCCGAACCUGGCGGAUGAAAUAACAGACGCUGAGAGUGGCGUGGCGUCCCGUUCCUCCACCCCAGAAAACCUGAGCAUCUUGUCCAGCAACUCCAGGCCAAUCUUGGUCCUGAAGUGCCACUCUUACAUACGCGACGAAUCGGGUUCGCCCGACUCUGAGCUACGGCUGCCCUCGCACGAUGUCGACUCUGGCCACUCGACGCAACACUCGCCAGAUGGACUCAAGUCAAUGUCGCCUCUCGCCACCACCGUCAACGAGUCUCUGUCCCCGCAGUCACCGGGGGGAUCUUCAGGAGUCGAUGGCGUGUGCAGCGGCGGUGGUUCGAUGUUCCCGCAGCUCGAGUUGCUGGAAUCCACACACCGCGGCCUCUACCGCUUCCAGCCUCGCCACUCCGACGAGAUCGAAGUGGACAUCGGCGACCCCAUCUACGUGCAGAAGGAAGCCGACGACCUCUGGUGUGAAGGAGUAAACCUGCGCACGGGACGGCAAGGAAUAUUUCCAUCCGCGCACGUCACGGACGUCGAUUAUUCAGAAUUUGACCCGUCCGCAGCGCGGGUGAAGAAAGAACGCUACCUCUUGUCGUACCUUGGAUCCAUUGAGACCCUCUGCCAUAAAGGCAACCAGGUUUUGUGUCAGGCCGUGCGUAAGAUCGCACGUAACGAGACCGGCGGUGGCCUCACGCAGCCCUGUAUACUCGAGGUGUCUGACCAGGGCAUUAGGAUGCUCGAUAAAAGUCGAGGACUGGAUCGCGCGGGACCAUGCCACGACUAUUUCUACCACCUGAAGCACGUAUCCUUCUGUGGGUUCCACCCCAAAGAUCACCGCUACUUCGGCUUCAUCACCAAGCAUCCCGCCAUCCAACGGUUUGCUUGUCACGUCUUCAGCAGCACGGAGAGCACCAGGCCUGUCGCUGAGGCCGUCGGGCGAGCAUUCCAGCGCUUUUACCAGAAGUAUAUCGAGACGGCAUACCCAAUAGAAGAUAUCUACCUCGAAUGAGACGAGAUAUGCUGAUGAGCUCGUCCUGAAACAGCGGUCUUGUCACUUCAAAUGCCCUGCGCAUUAUUAAAUAGUAGUUUGACUGCACAUUCAACCACUUAUUAAAAAAUUCGCACGUUUAAUCUCGACGUCCUAAUGAGCAGAAAAUUUCUCCUUUUGAUGACGCGACAAUCCAGUAAAAAAAAUAUGUCAACUCAUCAUUCUGAAGCCCGAAAAUUGGAAAAACUUGGAAAAAGGAAGAGGAAAUCUGACAUUGAAAAGUAACUUCUACCAUCUAAAAUCUGGUGCAAAAGUUUGAAGUUGUAUACAUAUAAAUUUGUCUAUGCUGCCAAAUCGAUCGUAGUUUGUCACCCUUAAAGGGGAGCAUGU